AUGCUUCGCUCGAACACGCCCGCUUGUGUUCUGACUCCGAAAGCCGUCCCCUAUUCUUCCCACUCUUAUCUGACAACAGUCUCUAGCAGUGCCCGUGAGGUUUCUCACCAAAACCUGAAAUACGCUAAUGAAGACAGGGUGGGCGAGUUUGACUGCUACUGCGCCAUAUGCGGCGUCGCCCUAAACGACCAUUCCGAGAUCGGGAGCCGCCAGCCGCGCGCUUUGAAGAGACGCCGAGAAAUCGUGCGUAGAAGACGCGAGGGACUUCCUCCUCCAGACGACUCAAAAAGUGAUGAUGAGUCGGACAAGGAGCCUUCUGACGACGAGUCUGAAGAUUGGUAUGAGGAUGAGGAGGAUCUGCGCUAUGAUCCUGACCUAGUCAGCCAGGAGAGUUUGGAAUGGCUGGGUGAGGUAUCGUGCCUCGGCUUCAAUCCAGUCGCUCCUUCAGACGAUAGGACUUUCUUUGCUGAUGCGGAGCCUUACGAUGACUACACCCAAACCGGCCAGAGCAGAGAGAAGUUGACUGGCAAGUCCUUCCGAGUGAGAUACUCUUUUAACCCUACACUAACAUCUCUUAGUUAUCAUGCGAGCGAGCCCAACAGAUCGGCCGUACUUCCUUUCUACAAUGACUGCUACCUAAUGCUCAAGAGAGUCCAGGUUUCCACCAAAGGCCCUCUUUUGGUGGAUGGGGAUCUGCUUUACAAGGUGAUGGCUGGUCUAUCGGGGCAAUACUCGACCUACCUCGAGAUCAACUAUGGUCCCGUCUCUGGGAGGGAUCAGUUUUGGGAGCCUAUUCCAGGCGAGGAGUUCUCUGUCACCAACCCCAACGAUGUGAACGACUUCUACGACCACCUGCGCGAGAAGUUGACGUGGGGGAGCUUCCAGCCCUCUCCCGAACCCGAAGCAAUUCUCCUAGGGCCUGCUAGUCCAGAUGAUGACCCCUUCUCCAGGCUAUCCAACGAGCUAAUUCGCGAGAUCGCAAACAUAGUACCGUGCGACACGCUCCUGUCUUUGAGAAGCGUCUCGAGGCCCUUCUACCACGAUACCCGAAGCAACAGCUUUUGGAAAUCGCGCAUCGCUAUCGAUAUGCCCUGGCUCUGGGACCUGAGUGCGUCUCUGGAGGCUUUGAACACAGCGUUCGAUUACAAGAAGCUGUACGCUUGGCUUGAGGUUGUGACGACGCCCAAGUUUGGAGUGGAAGCUUCUUUUCUGGCCAUCGCAAAUAGAAGACGUAUCUGGCAGUGCUGUGUUGAGAUUUUAGACCACUGCCAAGAGGCCGAGAACAUGAAGUAUGCUAUGGAACCGGAAUUGGAGAUCGUUGAACAGGCUCGUCGACCCAUCUUGUUCAAGGUGGCUCCCACUCAAGCGUCGCGACAAGACGGCAUCAGCCGGACGUUUUGGCUUCAUUCUUGGAAAGAGAUGGAGAAGUCUCGAUUCGGAAGCUUCCUCUUCGAAAGCUUUUGGAAUGACGAUGGUCUCCUGUCCGGUUUUGGUGUCGUCUUCGGAAGUAGCCCACGCUUCUUUGGUACUCCAGCUGGAAAGGUGGAGACGGCACGAAUAACUGCUGGGGACUGGAUAACCGAGAUGGAGCUUGUUUUUGGAGAGAGUAGCCAGUCAGAGAACAGGCCAAUUACUGGGAUUAAGGGCAUCAAUCUUCGACUUCGAUCAGGGCUCAAAUUCCGGCUCGGACGGCGUCAUAUCGCGAAUCGGCAUCCUGGAGGCUCCAAUCUUCGAGGAGAAACCCCCCUGUUCUGGGGCAACCCCGGUCCUCUGGCACAGAGGCUUCUCUGGGCAUUUGUCGCGCCUCCCCUGUGGCAGCGUCGAGACAUCAAGAUAUCUCCCAUCUUUCCCCAUGGGCAGGAUGAAGGAUACCCUGAAGACAACCUCAGUCCCUACCAGACGCUCCCAUGGGCAAGAAGUCAGGGCGAGUUGGAAAAGCUGGCCCGAAUCACAGCCUACACGCCUCGAAACCCCACCGAUGCGACCAGGCCCAUUCUUGAGCUCAGGGCUGAAUUUGUGAAAAGGUACUGGGAGCCUAAGCGAUACGUUGGCCACGGAGGAUAUUGGCCCGAAGAUGAAAUGACCCAUCUGGACUUGAAUGGCGCAUAUGGGGAGAGGAUCGUCGAGAUUGGAGUAUCCAAGUCCGGGACUUUGAAAGGACUCAUGUUGAAAACAAACAGAGAGAGGUUCGCAAUCUUUGGUCAAGGGGAACCAGGACCAGAGAACUGGACAACGGUUCAGGUCCCAGAUGGAGACUUUAUCAACGGCAUCGCAGCAACGUUUGAUACUGAUACCAACACUGGCGUUAAGGGGCCUAUGUCUUCUGUCGUUAUGCUUCACGAGCCUCUGCAAUAG